AUGCUUCGACUACUUUCACUUCUCUCUCUCUCUGCCGUCGCCAUGGCUUCCUUCGAUCCUACCAACAUCAAGAUUGAAAUGUUCGACAUUGAUGCAUACGCGUGUGAUUUGAACCACGAGCCAAUUGCGGAUGCCACCUUUGCACCGGGAGACUUUGCACGCAUCUGUGUUCACACUAUCGAUAUCGAUUCAGAUAUCAUUGUCCAAGGCAUGAGAUACUUUGUCUUUGUGGCAGAAGAAGCUUCUGAUUUGCAAGAUGCUGCCAUUCAAUUCAGCGACAAUCACGGCAAGAUUCCUUCCAUGGCUUGCACUGCUGAAGACAACAUGUGUGUGAUUGAAACAGUCUUGGACGAAUCUCUCUUUGACACGGAAGACCCAUCUGAGAUCUUUGGAUACGGGGCUCUUGUUUUGGGUCGCAGUGGCCCAUCGCAAGAAUAUGAUCAAUUUGAAGAUGUUCCCAUUCAAAUCACACUUUCGACCGAUAGUGCUACUGUUACUGGCGAUAUUGGAGAUCAUGAACCCAACUUGGAAGGUGAAGAACCCGCCGUUCAAAAGUUUCUGAGAGGAACCUCUCAAAAUGCUUAA